AUGGGCAUCAAACAGCUCGAAGUCUCGUUGUACUGUCAUGAGUCGGAGACGCACACUGAGCUUACCGAUAUCAUGGAAGCGCUCAGAAUCUACAAGAUGGAAGCAAACAGCAUGUAUGAAAGAUUCGGAAUCUGUCAAAGCAUAACUCCAAUCAAUGGAGUACCCGAUUGGAUGGUCAUUGAGUGUGAGGGCUAUGAUCCACUUACAUUAGCACACCCUUCAUUUCUCGACCACCCUCUGACAAUCAAUACCAAUCAUGCCUACCUGACUGGCUUGUUCAUCGGGAAACGUGUCAAGAGAGCCAUCCAGAUGCUUAACAUGAUCGAGAAAGCUGAAUGGGCUGCUGAACAAAGAGAGACCGACGCAUGGAUCAAGAAGGACAAGGAAGAAGACAGACUUAGAAUGCUUCGAGAAGCGGAAGAAGAUGAAGAAGAAGAUGAAGAAGAAGAUGAAGAAGAAGAUGAAGAAGAAGAUGAAGAAGAAGAUGAAGAAGAAGAUGAAGAAGAAGAUGAUGAUCAUGAUGAUGAAAAGAAGAGAAAUACCCUGCGGGUGAUGAAGAAAUGA